AUGCGAUAUGAUGGUUUGAUUUCUUCUUACUAUGUAUCAAAAUUGAUCGCAAAAUCGGGAAAAGCCCAUACCACAGGAGAAGAGUUAAUACUUCCAGCUGUCAAAGAAAUUUUAGAAACGGUUUUACACCAUUCAGCCUCACACAGUGUAAUCAAAAAAAGUCCCAUUAAGCAACGAUACUAUGUGCGACGGCGAACCGACGAAAUGGCGGAAGACGUUGAAAUUUCAUUAUGCGAACUUCUAGUAUCCACCGAAUUUUCACUUCAAAUCGACGAAUCAACAUUGCCGAAUAAUGAGGCUUUACUAUUGGCAUACGUCCGGUUUGUAAAGGAAGGAAAAAUCGUUCAAGAAAUGCUUUUUGCAAGAACCUUGAUUACUGAUACUAAAGGUGAAUCUAUUUUCAAUAUAGUCAAAGACUUUUUUAAAGAAAAAGAUUGCAGUAUGUUUGAAUUAAAUGAUUUUUAA